AUGGGAGACUUAGCGCCCGUCUCCCACCUGGAGUAUUCUACUGUGACGGGAUAUUUCUUGCAAGACGACCCUGCAACUGAUCCCGCAAAAUUUGACUAUGCAUCGACAGGCUUUGGCCUCAUCGACCAAACUUACGAUACUGACGAGUUAUUUGACCCCGAUCGUAGCAAGUCCCAAUGGGAACGCUUUAAACAUAAAGUCCUGACACUCAAUCGCGAUGCUGGACCAGAAGUAAGGUAUGCCCUGCUUUAUCUAGGGAGACAUGGUCAGGGCUACCAUAACGUGGCGGAAAGUCACUACGGAACUGCUGCUUGGGACUGUUACUGGUCCAUGCUUGACGGAAACGGAACCACCAAUUGGGCAGAUGCGCAUCUCACAGAUCAAGGCAUAGCGGAUGCUAAAGUUGCGAACGAAACCUGGGUGACUCAAAUGAAAAAUGGAAUUCCGGUUCCCCAAAGCUAUUAUACGAGCCCCCUCUCUCGCUGCUUAGACACUGCCAAAAUUACAUUCAGCACGCUAGACCUUCCCAAGUCAAAACCAUUCGUUCCUACCGUAAAAGAGCUCCUCCGGGAAACUAUUGGAGUCCACACAUGCGACCGACGUAGCUCCCGAACAUAUAUCCAGGAGAACUACCCAACGUAUAUCAUCGAGCCAGGAUUCGCCGAGUCUGAUUCUCUCUGGGUGUCUAAUCUUCGUGAAUCUUCUACUGCGCACAGAGAGCGCCUGCGAACCCUUCUCAAUGAUGUACUCACACAUGACAACAACACAUUUAUCUCUAUGACAGCUCACUCAGGAACAAUUAGGUCUAUACUCGGGGCCGUUGGACACAGGGAUUUUGCUCUUCCUCCCGGAGCCGUGAUACCCGUUUUUGUACGAGUUGAAAAGAAGCCUGGUCAAGCACCACAUCGAACCGUCCAGCCCUGGACUCCGCCGCCAGAAUGCACAGUUGAUCCUACUGCGGCUCCGCAAAAUUUGAACUAG